UUUGUGAAGCAUUCAAGUGACGACAGUGUGAUACGUGUGUGUGCGUAGCUCCGUCGCGUUGGUUUGAGUGUGCUUCGUUUAUUCGCAUUAUUUAUUCCGCAUCUUCAGCCAGAAAAUGCCAGCCACACGCUCCAGGCCCAGCACCGAGCAAGCCGAGGUGGUUUCUGAGGAGGUGAAGAAGGACGUCGAGUCGUCGCCAGUAAAGGAAAAGGUGGCGGAGACGAAAACGGAGGAGACCAAGCCUGCUGCUGAAGAGAAGGGCGACAGUGCAGAGGAAACUAAGGAAGAGCCAGAGAAGACUCCUGAGGAGGCUCCCAAGGCAAAUGGAGAAGCUGCUGCUGCUGCCGCCCCUGAGAAAGACGAGAAGGAGAAGGAGUCCGAUGCCACCACAGAGAAGGCCGAGAAGCACAAACUGGAGGAUGAGGUCAGCGGCACUCCCGAGAAGAAGGCCAAGGUAGAGGAGAGCAAGAAGGAGGAAGAGGCUGUCAAGGAAGCGCCCACAGAGGAGGCUGCGGCAUGAGAUGCCAAUCUUCAAGCGCCCAGCCGCCGCGCCCACCAAGUUGCGCAAAGACAUAAGGACGGAAAGAGGAAAAGCUCCCCCUCCUUCAUCCCACCACCAUCCCCGUUCACCACAUGUACGUGGGGACCAAGCAGUUCCCGAGACUACUACUACUACUACCGCUGCCACCAGCACCACUAUUCCUGCUUUAACUUAUGUUGGGACUGAUGUACAAAGACAUCCCCCUGCAUUGUGUAUUCUUCCCACCCAGUGGUAUCUUUCCCAUCCCUCCCCCCUCUUUUUUUCUGCUAUUUCUUCUCUGCGCCCUUUAUCCUUGUGCUGUCAAAAUUCGUUUUUGGAUAAGUUCACAUUUUUUGUUUCUUUUUUCUGACACACCACACAUACUGUCAUUUGUUGUAAAAAACUUAAUAUAGAGUUGGUUGUACAGUUUGUCAGGUUGAAAGAAUAAAUUUUUCUUCUCAUCGUCACAAA